UAAUUAGUGUUUUUUUUUUCUUGCUUAGUGGUUAAUAAAAUGACAUUGUAUCUAUAAUUGACGAUUUCUUAGAUUCAAUGAAAUAAAGAGGUACAUGUAGCAAAUUAGAAUAAUAAGUAGAUAAAUAUUGGGGAUGUGUGUUCAUUUAUUUUUUAACUAACAGGAGUGCGUAAUCAAAAUGGUCUUUUCGAAUUUUAUCUCCCUUGCUUAGAAUCAUGUGUGUUACCAGGUGUGCUUUUGCUGAUAAAAGUGCUAUCAAGUGCCUUUCCCCAAGGCAUAUAGUUGAGGACCAUAUUAGACCUGUUGAGGCAAGUACGGCCCCAUCUCAUGAUCACUAAAGGGGUCAUAGAGAACUGUGUUGCACUAGUACUGAUUUCAGUGUUGUGCAGAUUUCAUUUGGCCUUGAAACCAUCCAUUGAACUCAUUCUCUAUAACAUUUUGUCCCUGUUUAUCUUCUAAAUUCUCCUGAAUUAAUAAUAUUAAGCCAGUAAGCAUUCAAACACUGAUUGAGGCUGAUCUUCACACUGUAAUGUUUUCCCAUCUUACAGCGUUUCCUCAUCUCUUGGUGAUUAUUGUUGAUUGAUUGUUUCCAAUAUUGCAAGGUUUACUUUGUCCUCCAGAUUAUUCCCACUGACAAACAUUCUUUUUCUCAUCACUUUCAAAAGUGUUAAAAUGAUCUCUGCUUUUAUUUAUGUUGAUCCUACAUUUCUUUUUCUUUUUUUUUAAAGAUUUUAUUUAUUUGACAGAGACAGACACAGCGAGAGAGGGAACACAAGCAGGGGGAGUGGGAGAGGGAGAAGCAGACUCCCCGCCAAGCAGGGAGCCCGAUGCGGGGCUGGAUCCCAGGACCCUGGGAUCAUGACCUGAGCCGAAGGCAGACGCUUAGGACUGAGCCACCCAGGCGCCCCGAUCCUGCAUUUCUUAUUUGCACUACUUUUGUGUUUGUAAACAUGAUAAGGUUAGUCUUAUUUAAAAACUCUUCACAACUAAGCCUGAAGCUGUAGGGGCUGGAAGAGCAGGUGCUGGAGUGGCUGCCUGUGACCCCCAGUGCUAUCUGUUGGUAGCUGGUCAAGUUGAUUCUUUUGCUCUAGAGGUUUUCUUCAUGACUAAAACUGAAAACCAGAAGUUCAUAAGUAGGAGUUUUCUGUAUUCUGUUACAGAUGAAAACUCUUACGUGAUUUUGUAAUGAAAUUCUGUAUGUAAUUAAAAGUAAAGCUCUUACAUUGUUUAUAACCAUAGUGUUAAAGGAUUCUCAUACUUUUCUUUUUGCCAGUAUAACAGUGUAUAAAAUAAAAUUGCCACAUAGUACUUUAAAAUAGCACAAUAAAGCGGUUAGAGUAAAGCAGUUGGUCUUGAGAAGAAAAUAUUAACAUUUUACAACAUCCUUCUAGCAAGGUUAAUGGUGUGAGUCCAGUUUUAUUCUCUGAAUCCCAUAAAAAUAAAUCACUCAUUCUUGCUAUUUACCUGUACAAGAUGUAAUACAAAUUAGUUUUCUUUGCAUAGAGAAUAAGUAGUUAUCUUAGAUGAUAGACUAUGUUAAAGAAAUAACCUGCUUUAUUUUUAUGUCUUAGCAUUUUCGUGUAAAAAGUAUUUACCUUUUUUUCACUUGUUUCCAAGGGGCAUGUGCUUUUCACUGUAGCUGCCCAUGAGUCUUCCGUACUCAGAAGAGAAUGGAAAUGUAUGUGGGUGACUGAAUCUGACUUGAGUGAGCAUUUGUCCUGUGCAUUCACAUUCUUUCUUCAUGGGGAAAGUAAUGUAUGCACAAGUGUGGAGAUUGCCCAACACCAGCCAAUUUAUUUGAUCAAUGAAGAGCAUAUACACAUGGCUCAGUCUUCACCUGCACCAUUUCAAGUACUGGUGAGUCCUUAUGGCUUAAAUGGCACGCUCACAGGCCAAGCAUACAAGAUGUCUGACCCAGCCACCCGUAAGUUGAUCGAGGAAUGGCAGUAUUUCUACCCAAUGGUGCUGAAAAAGAAAGAAGAAUUGAAAGAAGAUGAGGAGUUGGGAUAUAAUGAUGAUUUCCCUGUGGCAGUCGAAGUAAUUGUUGGUGGUGUUCGGAUGGUUUAUCCUUCGGCAUUUGUUUUGAUCUCUCAGAAUGACAUCCCAGUUCCUCAGAGUGUUGCUGGUGCUGGAGGCCAUAUUACAGUGGGGCAGCAGGGCCUCGGUAGUGGGAAGGACCCAAGUAACUGUGGGAUGCCUCUUACCCCUCCCACCUCUCCAGAACAGGCUGUCAUAGGGGAGAGUGGAGGUACACAGAGUGCGGUCAGUCACCUGGGCUCCCAAGAUGGGGGGAUGAUAACUAUGCACAGUCCAAAGAGAUCGGGGAAGAUUCCUCCAAAACUCCACAAUCAUAUGGUCCAUCGAGUCUGGAAGGAAUGCAUCCUCAACAGAACCCAGUCCAAGAGGAGCCAAAUGUCAACUCCAACUCUUGAAGAAGAGCCUGCUAAUAAUCCUGCUACUUGGGAUUUUGUGGAUCCAACCCAAAGAGUCAGCUGUUCCUGUUCUAGGCAUAAACUUUUAAAACGUUGUGCAGUAGGACCCAAUCGACCUCCCGCAAUAUCUCAACCAGGGUUCAGUGCAGGACCAUCAUCAUCUUCAUCUUUACCACCUCCUGCGUCUAAGCACAAAACAACAGAAAGACCGGAAAAGGGAGACAAACUGCAAAAGAGACCCUUGAUACCAUUUCACCAUAGGCCCUCUGUGGCCGACGAGUUCUGUAUGGAGCAGGAUACACCAGGACAGAAGCUAGGGUUGGCAGGGAUAGACUCCUCCUUAGAGGUGUCUAGCAGUAGGAAGUAUGAUAAACAAAUGGCCGUGCCUUCCAGAAAUACAAGCAAGCAAAUGAAUCUGAAUCCUAUGGAUUCACCUCAUUCCCCUAUUUCCCCUCUGCCGCCAACACUCAGCCCUCAACCACGAGGUCAGGAAACAGAGAGUUUGGACCCGCCAUCUGUCCCUGUGAACCCAGCUCUCUAUGGAAAUGGGCUAGAACUCCAGCAGUUGUCGACUCUGGAUGACAGAACUGUCCUCGUAGGCCAAAGACUGCCUCUGAUGGCAGAGGUCAGCGAGACGGCCUUAUACUGUGGGCUCAGGCCCUCGAAUCCCGAGUCGUCAGACACGUGGUGGCACCAUUACCGCCUCCCCCCCAUUGAUGAUGCUGAGUUCCGGCCCCCAGAGCUCCAGGGCGACAGAUGUGAUGCCAAAAUGGAGGUAAACUCAGAGAGCACUGCGUUGCAAAGACUCUUAGCACAACCUAACAAACGGUUUAAAAUCUGGCAAGAAAAGCCACCCCAGAUGCAGCCACUCCACUUCCUUGAGCCAUUGCCUCUAGCUCAACAACCUGGAGACAGUUUGGGAGAAGUCAAUGAUCCAUAUACCUUUGAGGAUGGCGACAUAAAAUACAUCUUUACAGCAAACAAGAAAUGCAAACAAGGGACGGAGAAAGAUUCCCUGAAAAAGAAUAAGUCAGAGGAUGGAUUUGGUACCAAGGAUGUCACUACACCAGGUCAUUCCACGCCGGUGCCUGAUGGGAAAAAUGCCAUGUCUAUUUUCAGUUCUGCUACUAAAACAGAUGUCCGGCAGGAUAAUGCUGCUGGCAGAGCUGGCUCCAGUAGCCUUACACAGGUGACAGACCUGGCACCUUCCCUGCAUGACUUAGACAACAUCUUUGACAAUUCCGAUGAUGACGAACUUGGGGCUGUAUCACCUGCGCUGCGUUCAUCAAAAAUGCCUGCAGUUGGGGCAGAAGACCGACCUCUUGGGAAGGAUGGAAGAGCUGCUGUUCCUUACCCACCAACAGUUGCAGACUUGCAAAGGAUGUUCCCCACUCCUCCUUCCUUGGAACAGCACCCUGCAUUUUCUCCUGUAAUGAAUUAUAAAGAUGGAAUCAGUUCAGAGACAGUGACAGCAUUAGGCAUGAUGGAGAGCCCUAUGGUCAGUAUGGUUUCAACACAGCUCACUGAAUUCAAAAUGGAAGUAGAAGAUGGAUUAGGAAGUCCCAAGCCAGAGGAAGUAAAGGACUUUUCAUAUGUGCACAAAGUUCCAACCUUUCAACCUUUUAUGGGAUCCUCCAUGUUUGCUCCACUGAAGAUGUUGCCGAGCCAAUGCCUGCUACCUCUGAAGAUCCCUGACGCCUGUCUGUUUCGGCCUUCGUGGGCAAUCCCUCCGAAAAUUGAACAACUGCCCAUGCCGCCUGCAGCCAUUUUCAAUAGAGAUGGCUACAAUAAUGUGCCUAGUGUCGGGAGCCUAGCAGACCCAGACUACCUGAAUACACCACAGAUGAACACUCCGGUGACGCUGAACAGCGCUGCCCCAGCCAGCAACAGUGGAGCAGGAGUUUUGCCAUCUCCAGCAACCCCUCGCUUCUCUGUCCCCACACCACGAACCCCCAGGACCCCAAGAACUCCCAGAGGUGGGGGCACUGCCAGUGGGCAAGGGUCGGUUAAAUAUGAUAGCACCGAUCAGGGGUCACCAGCCUCCACCCCCUCUACCACGCGGCCCCUUAACUCUGUGGAGCCUGCCACCAUGCAGCCCAUUCCUGAGGCCCACAGUCUCUACGUCACCCUGAUUCUCUCAGAUUCUGUGAUGAAUAUCUUUAAGGACAGAAACUUCGACAGCUGUUGCAUCUGUGCCUGCAACAUGAACAUCAAAGGGGCCGACGUCGGGCUCUACAUCCCCGAUUCUUCCAACGAGGACCAGUAUCGCUGUACCUGUGGGUUUAGUGCGAUCAUGAAUCGCAAACUUGGCUACAAUUCGGGACUCUUCCUGGAAGAUGAGUUGGAUAUUUUUGGGAAGAAUUCUGAUAUUGGUCAGGCUGCGGAGAGGCGCUUAAUGAUGUGUCAGACUACCUUCCUCCCUCAGAUGGAGGGAGCCAGAAAGUCCCAGGAGCCGCCUAUAAGCCUCCUCCUCCUCCUCCAGAAUCAACAUACACAACCUUUUGCUUCUCUGAGUUUCCUGGACUACAUUUCCUCUAACAGUCGCCAGACUCUUCCCUGUGUAAGCUGGAGUUAUGACCGGGUGCAAGCAGAUAACAACGAUUACUGGACGGAAUGCUUUAAUGCCUUGGAGCAGGGCCGCCAGUAUGUGGAUAAUCCCACGGGUGGAAAAGUAGAUGAAGCUCUGGUGAGAAGUGCCACUGUGCACUCUUGGCCUCACAGCAAUGUGCUAGACAUCAGCAUGCUCUCCUCCCAAGAUGUGGUCCGCAUGCUGUUGUCACUGCAGCCCUUUCUCCAAGAUGCCAUCCAAAAGAAGCGCACGGGCAGGACCUGGGAGAACAUACAGCAUGUGCAGGGACCACUGACCUGGCAGCAGUUCCACAAAAUGGCAGGACGGGGAACCUAUGGUUCAGAAGAAUCUCCUGAGCCGUUGCCCAUUCCCACUCUGCUGGUAGGCUAUGACAAAGACUUCCUCACCAUCUCACCAUUCUCUUUGCCAUUUUGGGAGAGGCUGUUGUUGGACCCAUAUGGGGGCCACCGUGAUGUUGCCUAUAUUGUGGUGUGUCCAGAAAAUGAGGCCUUGCUCGAAGGAGCCAAAACUUUUUUCAGGGACUUGAGCGCUGUAUAUGAGAUGUGUAGGCUUGGGCAGCACAAGCCCAUCUGCAAAGUGCUACGAGAUGGAAUCAUGCGCGUGGGAAAGACCGUGGCCCAGAAGCUGACUGACGAGCUUGUGAGCGAGUGGUUCAACCAGCCGUGGAGCAGUGAGGAGAAUGACAAUCAUUCCAGACUCAAACUUUAUGCGCAAGUUUGCCGCCAUCACCUAGCACCUUAUCUAGCCACUCUGCAGCUCGAUAGCAGCUUGUUGAUACCACCUAAGUACCAGUCCCCACCAGCAGCAGCACAGGGACAAGCUACACCUGGGAACGCUGGGCCUCUGGCUUCAAAUUCAGGAUCAGCAGCACCCUCAACUGGCAGUGCAUUCAAUCCCACCUCGAACAGCAGUUCCGGGAACCCUGCAGCAAGUAGCUCCGCAUCUGGUUCCUCUGUGCCACCCGUCUCAUCAUCUGCCCCUGCUCCCGUUAUUAACCAGAUCAGCACUACCUCUUCUUCAGGAUUCAGUGCUGGUGUUGGAGGGCAGAACCCCAGCACUGGGGCCAGUUCUGCAGAUAGAACGCAAGGGAACGUAGGCUGUGGUGGAGACACUGAGCCUGGGCAGAGCUCCUCUCAGCCCUCUCAGGAUGGACAAGAAAGUGUCACAGAACGAGAGAGAAUAGGAAUUCCCACUGAGCCUGACUCUGCAGACAGCCAGGCCUAUCCUCCAGCUGUUGUCAUUUACAUGGUGGACCCCUUCACUUACACUGCAGACGAAGACUCCACUUCUGGAAACUUUUGGCUGUUGAGUUUGAUGCGCUGCUACACAGAGAUGCUAGAUAAUUUACCUGAGCAUAUGAGAAAUUCUUUCAUUCUCCAGAUCGUGCCUUGCCAGUACAUGCUGCAGACAAUGAAGGACGAGCAGGUGUUCUACAUUCAGUACUUGAAGUCCAUGGCGUUUUCCGUGUACUGUCAGUGCCGGCGACCGCUGCCCACACAGAUCCACAUUAAGUCCCUCACGGGGUUCGGGCCUGCCGCCAGCAUCGAGAUGACCCUCAAGAACCCAGAGCGACCCAGCCCAAUCCAGCUUUAUUCCCCUCCUUUUAUAUUGGCCCCAAUCAAAGACAAGCAGACGGAGCUGGGAGAGACAUUUGGGGAGGCGAGCCAGAAAUACAACGUGCUCUUUGUGGGCUACUGUCUGUCUCAUGACCAGCGCUGGCUUUUGGCUUCCUGCACUGACCUCCAUGGGGAAUUAUUAGAAACUUGUAUUGUAAAUAUUGCUUUACCAAACAGAUCACGGAGGAGUAAAGUAUCUGCACGUAAAAUUGGACUACAGAAGUUAUGGGAGUGGUGCAUCGGUAUUGUCCAAAUGACAUCUCUACCCUGGAGAGUUGUAAUCGGCCGACUUGGGCGGCUUGGCCAUGGGGAGCUUAAAGAUUGGAGUAUCCUCCUUGGAGAAUGUUCACUACAGACAAUCAGCAAACGGCUCAAGGACGUGUGCCGCAUGUGUGGAAUCUCUGCCGCAGACUCUCCUUCAAUCCUUAGUGCCUGCCUGGUUGCCAUGGAGCCCCAGGGGUCCUUCGUAGUGAUGCCAGAUGCCGUCACAAUGGGUUCUGUUUUUGGCCGAAGUACCGCUCUGAACAUGCAGUCAUCUCAGCUGAACACCCCUCAAGAUGCUUCCUGUACACACAUCUUGGUGUUCCCAACAUCGUCAACCAUCCAGGUGGCUCCAGCCAACUAUCCCAAUGAAGAUGGGUUUAGCCCCAACAAUGAUGACAUGUUUGUUGACCUUCCAUUCCCAGAUGAUAUGGACAAUGACAUUGGCAUAUUAAUGACUGGGAACCUCCAUUCCUCUCCCAACUCCUCCCCAGUUCCUUCCCCAGGCUCUCCUUCUGGAAUUGGUGUGGGCUCUCACUUCCAGCACAGUCGGAGUCAGGGUGAGCGUCUUCUCUCUAGAGAGGCACCUGAGGAGCUGAAGCAGCAGCCUCUGGCCCUCGGGUAUUUUGUGUCAACUGCCAAAGCGGAGAAUCUCCCCCAGUGGUUUUGGUCAUCGUGUCCCCAAGCUCAGAAUCAGUGCCCCCUCUUCCUAAAGGCUUCGCUGCAUCACCACAUUUCUGUAGCACAGACGGACGAACUUCUCCCUGCCAGGAAUUCUCAACGGGUUCCACAUCCUCUUGACUCCAAAACCACAUCUGAUGUUUUAAGGUUUGUUUUGGAGCAGUACAACGCCCUGUCCUGGCUCACGUGCAGUCCGGCCACCCAGGACCGCACCUCCUGCCUUCCCGUCCACUUUGUGGUGCUCACCCAGCUGUACAAUGCCAUCAUGAAUAUACUUUAAUUGGAAAAGCACUUGUUCUCUCUGGCUCAGUUCCGCCUCCCUGCAACCUCAGCCCAAGAAACCUGCUACACUCUGCAAAUGCCCCACGUCCUCUUCUUGAGACCACUCUCCACAGUCCUGCACUGUGAUUACUCCUCAGCAGGCACAUGUCAUUUCUGCAGUGUUCAGUACCAGAGGGAUUCACUGACACUUCUCUCAUGGACCUGGAAACUUCCAAUAAGCAGUGACUUUUAGCCAGUGUUACGGUGUGUGCAGCCCCAAACCACUGGUCCACAGGAAGUUUUUUAUUGUUGGUUUUUAAGAGGGAAACAGAAGAGACGGUAUCCUUUUGCACAAGAGUCUGUGUUUCCAGUCUCUGUUUAGAAACAAGGGCAGUUUAGCCCGUUUGGAUGAAAUCCUCUAGUUAUUGGUGUAUGGCCUGUGGGUUACCCGAACUCCAUAAUCUGGGACUUUUUAAAAAUAAGAACCAGCUCAAGUAUAUGACUUCAUAACGGGCUUUCUGUCUCCCUAGUGCUCCCAUCUAGAUUGGCAUGAAUGCUUUGGUUGACUUCAUACCUGUGUGUAGAUACAAAAGGUCUGGAGACAUCUUCAUUUUGUUUAUUUAUUUUAAGUUGUUUUGUCAUGUGUUUUUGUGACUUUCUUUUGAUUUUUUUUUUUAAUUCGUGAGGACCAGGUACAGUAGCUGAAACCCAACUCAGAUCCACCAUAGGAUUCUUUGACUACAUACCUCUGUCCUAGAAGCUGGAAAAGGAGUGAAAACAGAUUGGGGAGAUAUGCCUAAAAAGUAAUAUAUUCAAAACCACCCAGCAGUAGGCUUUAUUAUUAAGAACAAACUGGGUAAACAUUCUGCCAUGUUUCUUAUUAAAAGUGGCCAGCGUUUCAUGAAGGAUAACAUUUUUAUACAGAAGGCAGGCAGUCAAGCUCAACCCAGAGCCAUGGAGGCAAGUACCUUCAUUAGUUUUAUAUAGUCACAACGGAAAUAUAUUUUCUAGUGAAUUCUUAUUGAAAGCCAGGUCUCUCCUCUCAUUAGAUCAAAAGGGACUCAUGUACAUAUCAUAAUUGAAAGUGUUUGCUCAUAAAAUCAGUUAUAAAUAUGGUGACUUUUUUCUGGACCAUAGGAAUAUUAUUUCAAAGAAAUAUUACAACUUAACCAUUAAAUUAGUACUUGAAGUUGAGCCUUUGUGGUGGGACUUUUUAAAAAAAAAAUAAUAAUGCCUUUUUAAAGCAUUAAUGGCUAAUUGAAGUAUUUUAUGACUCCUCAUUCCAGGCCCAAGAGGGUUGUCUUUAAGACCCCGUUUCUGACCCUGACGUCACAGCACGUUUCUGCACGUUUCUGUCUUGAGGGCAGUGGGCGUGGGCUUGCCUCCCGCAAGCCACUUUGGUCAGGCUGUUGAGCUCUAGUCAUCUGUGGAGAGAAUCAUGCAAAUUUUAAAGUUCUUCCAAGAGACUUCCAUAUCCUGGUUAUUAACAAAAAAACAAAAAAAAAACAAAAAAAAAAAGGAAAAAUGUAAUAACUGAUAUGAUUUUGUAAAAGUAUUUUUCUUGAAAUAAUCUAACGUUUAAAACAUUAUAUUAAAAAAAAAGUUGUGUGGUGGGAAUAUGUAAGCAGAGAAAUAACUUGUAAAUGGAUAAUUUUAUUCUCUGUACCACCAAUUGAGGGGGGGGGUGACUUUCGCAAUGUAUAGGUUAAAAAAAAAAAUCUGAUAUAUCAAACCAUUUGUAUCUAAUGUGUACAGUGUAAAAUUGACUUUAAAAAUAUUGCAGUGCUAUUUUUUCUUAAUCAGAAAGGAAAAAUUCUCAAGGCCUUUUGAAGAGCAUAAGAUGAUGAAGAUUGUAAACUUGUAUAAAAUUAUCUUGGUGAGAAGACAAAUUGUAAAGUAGAUAUUUGUAAUCUUUUACCACUUUGGGGUUGCUUUUUUUCCCAGAAUUCAUCAGAACUUUGAAUUUUUUUUUUUUUUUUUAAUAUGGGCUGUUUUUAAUGCAGGGGCUUUUCUUCCCUAGAAACCCAAUUCUAAGCAAAAAAAGAAAAAAAACACAAAAAAUAAAAAACCCCUACAAAAAUUAAAAAAAAAAAAGGCAGCAAAGGGUAGUUUUCAUCUGGUGUCUUUUAUUUAAGUUUUUUAAGUUAAGAAAAGCUGGUGACAUAUUUAUACGUUUUUGUGCAAAAAUAAAUGAAUGGCAAUAGAUUUUAAAAAAUCUUAUUAUGUACUUCUGUGUGAAAAAGUCUGUAUAAUAUUUCCCUUAAAUAUGCAUUAUUUUACUUGUGAGUUUUUUACUGAAUUAAUCUGAAAUGUACAAGCCCUGGAUUUGCUACAGAGUGAGAAGUUAUUUUAUUUUUUUUUUUAUUUUUAAUUUUGGAAAUUCUGCAAAAAUCAGAACUCUUACCAUGGUUUGAACUAAAAAGGGGAAACGGGGAGGGGAGAGGGGUGGGAUUGUCCAGCAUGCUUGUAUGUAUAUUUCAGAACCUUUUUUAAAUGUAAAAGCUGUACAUUUCUGGGAAGUUCUGAAUUUCUUUUGUUUCCUUUUUUCCUUCAAGCAUUUUGCAGUGAGCUUCUUUUAUAUAUAGCAAACAAUUUGAAAGAAUACAAAAAUAUGUGAAGUUCAUUUAAAACUACAGUAUAGCGCUGGUACAGUACACUAAAGACUUUGAUAAAAAGAAACAAUACUAAAAGGCCUCCAUUUUAAAUGUCAUUCAUAUAUACCUUGUGAAUGAGAGCUAUAUACUUUUACACACUUUUUUAGAGGAAUAAAUUAUUGAAUUACUGAAACUUUGAGUGGCUUUUUUCCCCUCCCAUCCUGUCUUUGUAAUAAAAUUAUCUACACCUAUUCAGAAGGUGUAUGUAUAAUGUAUUGAACAUUCCUUGGCUGGGAGCCAGGCUCUACCUUCCAGAGUAACCCCCCCCCCCCCAAACAACAGUUGUUCUCAGAUGGUGUUCCCAUGCUCCAGGGUACUCAUGCAUUCCCAGAUCCGUGCUGAGAGCCUGCACACACACAACACUGAAGUAGGAGCCCUGGUGUUUAGUUCUAUAACUGUUCGAGUAGAUCAGAUCUGUGUCCCCCACAGAUUGUGGUCAAUCCUAGAACAAAUUACAGGUCUGUUUUCCACUUCCUUUCUCAUCACGGUCUGGACCAGUUUCUUUUUGAUGUUCCUUAGAAACAACAGACCUGUCUUUGCUCUCUGCCCUGUUCGCAGGCUGGUGACAGUAGGAUGCCAUCCAGCACAGCAGGUACAAGCGAGAUGUCGUUCCCCUUGGGUCCAGCCGCUAGGGAAAACCACGUGCUCUUAGGGGCAGAAUCUCUUGCUAAAAUGGUAAGCCGCCAGGACGUGGCAGAGCUUACAGUCAAACUUUGGCUAAAUCUCGAAAGACCUUGCUUUUAACCUUCCUGCAUCUAUUUAGAAAUAUGCAUUACUCUGAAUUUAACAUUGUCUGAACCUAGAGGUAAAGCUGUUGAGACUGCUCAGCCGCGGUUAUUUUAUCUGCAAAUGAAGGAUGAGCGUGAGUCUGUGAGAAAUGUUUUGCAAAUGGUAACGCUGUUACCAUGUUAUUGUAAUUGUACCAUUGAAGAAGGGGAACAGCGAGGCCACAUUUCGAUUAGAAGACCAUUUUGGCCUCUGCCUCAUCCCUCACCACGGCACUGUUCGUCAUGUUGCUUGCCAAAAGCAUUAUGAACCACAUAGUCCCUGGAUCCAUUGUAAUCAGGUCAGUCCAGUGAUUCUUGUGUCCCCUUAAUAAUCAGAACUAGAUGGCGUUCUUACCAGUGUUUCUUAGCUUAGAUACUUAGCUCAUACAUCGGGUGGGACUUGACCCAACGGUUUGUGAACCUUGCUUUCAUAACCACUGGCUGCACCAAUUUGGCGACCUUAGCUAAAUCUCUUUGAGGCAGGAGAAGGUAUUUGUUGAGUGCAUUUAAACAUUUUGCAAAUCAGGUGAAGACAGAGCUGACCAGGCGCUCGGGAGCCAUCAGCCUCCAGCCAUUCACUUCGCUCCGAUUCUGCAUAACACCAGUUUACCCCCUCCGGUGAUGCCACGGCACCGAGUCCUGUUUCCGCUCUUCAGGGACGUGUGGGGCAAGGGAUUUGUUCCCGACAGUUAUCAAGGAGCUCAAAAAGUUUUUGUGUAAAAAGUGCAGUUUGUCAAUAGAAGUUUUUAAAAGCAGACUUCUCUCAUAAGACUGAAUGCUGAAGCAGGAGCUACCUACUGAAAAUUGUCCUUGGCCGCUUGUCAUUUAUGCAACACAAGCCAUGGCGUAAAGAACGUUUUGGGGUUUUUUUCACUUUUGAAUCCACCACAUGCUAAAAUCCUACCAAAAUGCAAUUUUAAUGUAUCACCAGGUUCUCUUGGUGUUAGAUGAUUUGCUUGUUUACAUCCCCUUGACAACAAGGCCACUUUGACAGUAAUUAUUUCAUGCCAUCAAUACCUAAUGAGACACCCUAAGAAAAUUCUGUUGUGCCAGAUCACAGUGUGGUUGUAUCGAUGGCCCUGGGCAUCCUACUCCACUUGGAACCAGAUUUACCAGUCUUCUGCUACUUCAAUUGAAAAUUUCAGGUCAAGUUUCCAAAAUGAUUUUUUUGACACUUCCUGCUUCUGGCUAGAACUCCAAAGUAAUGAAGCAGGUAAGAAAUAGAAGUUGAUGAGGAAGAAAGGUUCACCUCCAGGGUGGAGCUUGGGUAUGACUGAAGUAUUGAUUUUUCUCUGUAAAAGGUUAUUUCCUCAAUAAGCAUUAGUUACCAGGUGAUAAAAAGGCACAGACAACACGGGGUUCUGUCUCACUUUUUUAAUUUAUUUUUUUUAAACAAGCAGGGAAGUGAGAAAAAGCACAUGCUUUGUUUUAAUAAUCUGCUAAAAACUGCAUUUGUCUGGGCUGUUACUCCAUGCUGUUCAUUUAUAGGUGUCAAAGCAAGUGUGUCUGAAGAGUGCUUAACAUCACCCGCUGCUCAGAACAGGCAAACGCGUACAAACGAGCAGCACUUGGUGUGCCUUGCCUGCUGCUAUUUUAUGCUUUCAUUGCCUUUAUUAGCAGAUUAGGCACGUUGCAAUCUACCUGUUUCAGAAAGCCAGGCAAUCUUCAGGAAAAUGGGCCACGCCAGAGCUAAGAGUAGAGGGCUGACAGAAGGCAAAAUGUGUGCCCUGGGGGAAAAUCAAUUUAAUUUAACAUGUACGAUAGUACUUCUUGUCUUAUUUAACUUGAGCUUGAACAUCUUUCAAUAAACAUUUUGUCAGCUUCUCUUAUUUAAAUCUUUGUUCACUUAGAGGUCUUGAUGUUACUAAUUUAUACGCACUGUUGACAUAAAUAACUUCCUGUCUGCUCUCGUGCGUGUGAGUUCUCAUUCUAGAAGAGAUAAUGAUCAGAUAGUCACAUACACACACAUACACCAGUUUUUGUUCUGUUGAUCUCUCCACAAAGCUUAUGGAGGUCUAGGGAGGUCAAGUGUGCCUCACAGGAUGAAUUUGAUGCCCUUCCAGUCAUUUUUUGUGACACAGGAACGUUGACCUCACAUGACAACUCCGUUGGGCUGAGAGUAGGCACCCAGGGAACGUUAGCUGAACACAGACUGUUGAAAGAGUGGACUCCACCUCAAAAAUCGGAAAUAAUUUUACAAGCAAAUUCAUCACAUCUCGAUGCCUUUUUGGAGAGCAGAAAAUACAUCUUUUAUAUAUUAGAAAAAACAGGAACUUCCUUUUUUUGGUGGUUGAUUUAGGUUUUCUAUUUCCUCUGUCAAUUUUGGUAAUUUGGAUUUUUAUAGGGGAAAAAAAAAGGAGUUUUCCCAAUGUAUUAGUAUGCAAUUGUGCGGAGUACUCCCUUAAUUCUGAACAUGUUGUUUUUGGUCACAUACGUUCCUUCUCAUUUCUAACAAUAUUGAUGCCGGGUUUCUCUCCUUGAUUUAUUUUCUAGCAGUGUGCUGUUUCUUAGUUUUGUUUGAUUUUUUUCCCCAAAGAAACAGCUCACGGAUUUAACAAUUCUGCUGUUUUUAUCCUGGCUUUUAUCUUGCUGUACAUUUUCCCAGUUUCCUUGAGGGUUGUUUAAUUUUCCUUGAAUCUUAAUUGCCUGCUUAGUUAAUUUAUUUUCACUUUGAUGACACUUUAUAGCCUGGGGGCUUCUGGAUGCGGGUGGCCCUCCUCAAAUGAUACGCAGAAGUCUUCGUGUGUGUGCAUUUUUCUAGGGAGAGGGUCUGUUGCAUCCCACCCUAGAGGUGUCAGACCCUGAAAGGGGUAAAAUGACUGACCUGGGACUGUGUUAAAGCUGAUUGCAUCCUGCAGGUGUUGAUGUUGAUGUUUAGCAUUUUCAUUUUUAUUUUUAGAUUUUUAGUUCCUCAUUUCCUUUUUUUUUUUUUUUAAAUAAAGGAAAGUUCCCUUUGGAUUUAAAGUCCCUUGGACUCUAAUUUUCUCUUACUGCAAUGCGAUCUAGUAAUGAUUGGUUCUUACAAACAUUCUCUGGAACCUUCAAAACAGUAUUUAUUGUACCUUCACAGCACAUCUAAAUCUGGAAGCUAAAUUUUCGAUGGUUAAAGUAAAACGUAGUUCUACCAAAUAAUAAAGUUGCAUUUAACAGAAAAAAAUUUCUAAUUGAAUUUUAACUAAAAUGAGUUCAAUUAAAAUUCAAUUAAACUUUAAAAAUUAGUUCCUCAGCCAUGCUUACUGCAUCUCAGAGUGUUAGUCACACGGGCGUCCUAUCGGAAGUGCGGCGCUAGGCAUUAAGAUUUGAAACCAAUUAAUUCUAUCCUGGGUGUAUUUUCUGUUUCUUCUAUGCCCCUGUCAAGACCUCAGACUCUGUCCUAGGCAGGUAGCAGGAGUUAAAAUUUCCCACUGCAAUUUUGGGCUGUCCUUUUUUCUUUUGUACUACAUUAUCGGUGCAGAAAGUUUUAUGAUGUAUUUUGUAAUGUAAUUUAUCUCUGUAUCCUGGCCCUUUGUAAUACUUUUUGCUUUAAAUUAUCCUUUGAUAUUAAUUUUGCCACCCCUGUGUCCUUUUAUUAGAAUUCUGGUGUUAUAUCUUUGACCAGCCAUUUAUUUUGAACCUUUGUCAUUUUGUGUUAGGUGUUCUUCAUACACAUUGUUGCAUUUUAUUUCUUAACAGAAUAAUCAUUUCAUUUCAAUAGGGUGAUUUUUACCAUUUGCAUUUCCUGUUCCGUGUUACAUUUUGACUUGUCAGCCAAUUCUUAUGAAAAUACACAUAUUUAUUUGCUUUUA